UCCAGCCGAGCUAAAGGAGUUGAAGGUCCAGUUACAGGAGUUGCUGGACAAAGGCUUCAUCCGGCCCAGUGUGUCGCCUUGGGGAGCCCCAGUAUUGUUCGUGAAGAAGAAGGAUGGGUCGAUGCGCCUUUGUAUUGACUACCGAGAGCUGAACAAGGUGACAGUCAAAAACCGCUACCCCUUGCCUAGGAUUGACGACCUGUUCGAUCAGUUGCAGGGAGCCACUGUCUUUUCCAAGAUCGACCUGCGAUCAGGCUAUCACCAGUUGAGGAUUAGGGACGGUGACAUUCCCAAGACGGCCUUUCGAUCGAGGUACGGACAUUACGAAUUCGUUGUGAUGUCUUUCGGCUUGACUAACGCUCCUGCAGUAUUCAUGGAUUUGAUGAACAGGGUGUUUAAGGACUUUCUAGACUCGUUCGUCAUAGUCUUCAUUGACGACAUCCUCAUUUACUCAAAAACUGAGGCUGAGCACGAGGAGCACUUACACCAGGUUUUGGAGACCCUUCGAGCCAACAAGUUGUAUGCCAAGUUCUCCAAGUGUGAAUUCUGGUUAAGGAAGGUGACGUUUCUUGGCCACGUGGUUUCCAGUGCUCAAAGCAAGAAAUGGGUUUCAAUAUGGGGGAGCAAACAUUGGACGUUGCCACCACCCGAUGAGCAGCAACAUUACGCUUAUGCUGCACAAUUGGUUACCUACACUGUGCUGCCGAUGACGCUCCAAGUAGUGUUUGAGCUAGGUGUAUUUGAUAUCAUAGCAAAGGCCGGGGAUGGGGCUGAACUCUCUGCCACACAGAUAGCCAAUGAGAUAACAAAUGCAAAUCCAGAUGCAGCGUCGAUGAUUGAUCGAAUGUUGAGGCUUCUUGCAAGCCAUUCGGUUGUGGGAUGCUUUGUGGGGUUUGAUGAAGAUGGAAAAAUGCAAAGACUUUACAGCCUUAAUCCAAUUUCUAAGUAUUAUGUUCGUAAUAAAGAUGGAGUAUCUGUGGCUUUUAACUUAUCGUUGAUUCAAGAUAAAGUCUUCCUCGAUAGUUGGAGUGAACUAAAGAAUGCGGUUAUCGAAGGAGAAGUUCCUUUUAAAAGGGGGGGCUCAUGGAGUACUUGCUUUGAAUACUGUGGAUUGGAUCCAAGAUUUAACCAAAUUUUUAACGCUGCGAUGAGAAAUCACUCCACCAUGUUCAUUGACAAAAUUGUCAAAUCCUACAAAGGGUUUGAAAACAUCAAGCAACUGGUUGAUGUUGGUGGUGGACUUGGUGUAUGUCUUCAAAUCAUCACUUCUACAUACCCUUCAAUCAAAGGCAUCAAUUUCGACUUGCCACAUGUCAUUCAAAAUGCCCCAUCUUAUCCUGGGGUAGAACAUGUGGGAGGAGACAUGUUUGAGAAUGUUCCAAAUGGAGAUGCUAUUUUCAUGAAGUGGAUACUACAUGAUUGGAACGAUGAUAAAUGUGUGAAGUUGUUGAAAAAUUGCUAUGAUGCAAUUCCAAAUGAUGGAAAGAUAAUAGUAGUUGAUGCAAUUCCAAAUGAUGGAAAGAUAAUAGUAGUUGAUGCAAUUCAUACAAUGGUGCCCGAAACUACAAGUGCAACAAGAGCUGUGGCUCAAGGCGACGUGCUUAUGAUGACUCAAAUUCGAGCAGGAAAAGAGAGAACGAGGGAUGAAUUCAAGGCCCUAGCAACCAAAGCUGGCUUUGAACAUGUCAAUUUUCACUCUUAUGUAUGUAAUCUUUGGGUUAUAGAGCUUUUUAAAAUCUUCCAACCGGAAGGUUGA